UGCAAACUGUACAACCAUGAAAACAAUCCAAUAAUCAAAUUUAAAGCAGACAAACAACAACUGCAAAUGAACCACCAACACCCUGGAAAUACACCAUAGUUGUAUUAAAAAAUUACACAAAGGCCCCAAUCAAACCCACAAACACCCUAAAUGUCACCAAACACAAAGUGCACCAACAGAACUACUGAACACCACCACAAACGACUCAAUAAUCAGAUGUAAAGGAGACAAACAACAAUUGCAAAUGCACACCAGUUAAUCUUCUAAACCAAACUGUGAAAUCCGAAACACAAGCCACAACACCUUUUAAAAGAAUCACCAACAGCAGUCUGGAAAUACACAAUAGUUUUAUUAAAAACCUCUAGAAAGGUCCCAAUCGAACACACAAACAUCCUAACUGUCACCAAACACAAAGCACACCACCAAAAAUAAGAACAAAACAACAGAACUACUGAACACCACCACAAAUGACUCAUGAGAAAUCAGAAACUCUAAAACAUGCAAAGCACACCACAGAAACCCUAAAACAUUCAACAAAACCUAACCAGAACGCAUAAGUAUGAAAUUUCCUCGUCUCCUACAACAAAUUUAGACUGGAUGCGUCAAAACAUCGCAGAAAAGUGGAAAACGAAAGUAAAAGAGAGCAAACAUGAAAAUGACAGUUAUAAAUUCAAUAGCAGCAGCAAGCAACGACAAUGCUAACGAAAACGACAACGGCGACGCCAAACUAACACCAUACAAGUGGAACUCCGGCGACGCCAAACGACAACGGCGACUUUGGAGGCCAAAACUGACGAUAGAGGAGAAGACAGUUUAGCGGAGGAAAUCACCGGCAUACCUCGAAAUUUACUUCGACGACGGAGGAAACGGAAUCGCGCGAAGGAAAUCCACAAGCCGCAGACGGAAUCGCUCGAUGCAGAUGGAAAAUUAGCGAGAACAGGGAGAGAGCAACCGAAGGAGACGUCGGAGAGCAGUUCGUGAGCAGAGGGGAAAGCGGAAAACGGAAAUGACAGAAUCACGCGCUUCAAUGAAUUUUUAUUAUUAAUUUCGAAUUUCAAAUUUAAUACCAGGUAAAAGAAAACAACUUAUUAAUUAAUAUUUUGUGCAAUUUACCCUUAUACUCUUGUUGUUAUACUAACAACACUUAAGGUGUUGUUAUACUAUCCGGAGCCAUUCAUUUAGUAACAAAUGGUACGUAAUAGACUUAUUUUACCAUUGAACAAAUCUAGGGCCACAUGGCCGAAGAACACCGUUUGGUAGCUCCAUUAUCAAACAUCCAAAUUCGAAAUGGGCCAGUGAGGACGUAAAGCUACUUGGGCUGCACGGCGGGAACCGUCAGCUCGCUCGCUCGAUCGUCAAUUCUGCUGGCCGCCGUCUCCACGCCGCCCUGCUGUUUUGCUCUGACUGCCUUUGUUGCUUUCGAUCACCGUGCCAAAAGAACCAGGAGCACCUGCGUUUUCUUGGUAAAAACCUUCUGCUAGAGUUAAGGCAUUGGCUCUCAAGUUUCCCGGUCUAGAGUUUGGGUUUGUAGCCAAUUAGUUUGCAGAGGAAAGCAGAUAUACUCGAUCUCAUGUGUUAUCUGUAUUUCAGGUACUCAUAGGUCCUCUGGAGCGGAGCUUAGUUGUCAUUCUUCAGCAGCUGAAGGGGACUAUAUCAGCUGGGCAAAUCGUCGAACAUGUUCCGGGCAGAAUAAGAAAAGGGCAGCCUAGGAUUGAAGAAACCACAAUCGUUAACCGUCUUUGUCCGUCGGUGAGUUGUUUCCAUGAUUCAAUGGUAUUAACAUUGUGGAAAUGCAAUUGUGUUCGUUUGGUACCAUGGGUUUGCCUGAAUUCUAUGAGCUCUGAAUAGAUAAUGGUCCCGCCCGAUGUGAUUUUGUCCAUUGUCGAUGCUGAAAUAUUACUCUUUGGAUGAGAGAGGGACCUCAUGCUGGUUUAGCUUUUGUUGCAGUAAAUCUAGUGAUAUAGCAAUGAGGUGAACACCAAAAAUGGGAAUGGGUGCAAGCAGAUAACAACAAAUGGCUGGGAUUCCAAGGAAGGCAGUGAUUCUGAUGGUUGGUGCCUUUGCUAAGGCAGUGACAACUCUUUUGAACAAUACCUCAGUCCGUAAUGCGGACACGCUGCUUCGUCUGGUUCGCUCUCGGCCACCUGGUGUACCACUCAUCACCGUUAGCAACCAUAUGUCGACGUUAGAUGAUCCUUUGCUGUGGGGAUUCAAGGGAUUUCCAAUCACAAAUUCAAAAUUGGCUCGAUGGGUACUAGCAGCUGAAGACAUUUGUUUCAGGAAUUCGUUGUAUUCCUACUUCUUUCGCCAAGGGAAAUGUAUUCCCAUUACUAGGGGUGCAGGAAUUUACCAAGACCACAUGAGUGAAGCUCUUCAGCGCUUGAGCAAUGGUGAAUGGCUGCACACAUUUCCGGAGGGGAAGGUCAAUCAAGAAAUUGCACCUAUAAGGCGGUUGAAAUGGGGAACUGCCAGUCUCAUUGUUCGAGCCCCUGUUACACCAAUAGUACUACCAAUUGUUCAUCGUGGAUUCCAAGAGGUUAUGCCUGAGAACUACCGAUCUGGAAGGAGGCCUCGUUUCCCCUUGCGCAAUAAGAACAUCGACAUAAUCGUGGGUGAGCCGAUUGAGUUCGACAUUGCAAAGCUGAGCAGAACGGCCACUUCUAUGUCUCACAGCUUGUCCUUCCCUGCAUUUGGAUGGCCCAAACUAACCCGUUAUGAGCUGGACGAAGCUGCUCAAAAAUGUCUAUACAUGACAAUUUCAGAUCAAAUCCGAACUGCAAUGCAGGGAUUACUUAGCCAGACCAGGUGACCAGUUCGUCAGCCAAUGAUUCGUUAGCCCGAGUUUCUUCAAACCUUCAGGACAUUUGAAUUGACCAAUUGCGGCCAGAGCAUUAGUGCAACAAGGUCGAUGGAGUGCCAUUCGUUCAUAUAGUUUAUUUCUUACCCCUAUUGUUGUUACCUCUAUGAUUUUUGGGUCUCGGGAAAAUAGAUGCCAAAGCCUAUUUUUCAGCUAGGGACUAUCAACUUGUGAAACCCCGGAUCAAACUGUAAGAGAGCACCCUCAUCUCCAUACUUUCCGCCUAACAUGGCGAAUGGAGAAUUUUGUUUAAACAGAAAAACACAAAGUUAGAAUUUGUUUCACAAUUUGCUUUCAUAGUACCAACAGAGUAAAAAGUCCAUUGACGAAAAGUUCUUAAACAAAAGCCUUGGUUAAACAUCUACUAUUCAUUAUGAGGUUUUUUUUUUGGUAAUUUUAACAAAGUUUAAGGUCAAUC